AUGGGUGUUCCCGCAUUCUUCAGAUGGCUGUCAGACAAGUUCCCCAAGGUUAUCACUCAAGUUGUCGAGGAGAAGCCAAAGGUAGUCAAUGGCAACACCAUUCCCGUUGAUACGACAAAACCCAAUCCCAAUGGCGAAGAGUUCGACAAUCUCUACUUGGAUAUGAACGGCAUUAUCCAUCCGUGCUGCCAUCCGGAAAAUAAGCCUGCCCCAGAGACAGAGGACGACAUGAUGAUAGAGAUCUUUGCUUACCUUGACCGCAUUGUGGAUAUCGUUCGACCCCGUCAAGUUUUGUAUAUGGCCAUCGAUGGUGUUGCUCCACGAGCCAAAAUGAAUCAACAACGUUCACGCCGUUUCCGUGCUGCACAACUUGCUGAAGCCGAGAGAGAAGCCGAAGCCAAGGUGGAAAAAGAGCUCAAAGCCAUCGGUCAGGAACACCAACUCCCUGAAAAGAAGAAGCACUUUGACUCCAACUGCAUUACACCUGGUACACCUUUCAUGGCUCAUUUAGCUACGUGUUUACGUUAUCAUGUGGCUGCCAAGCAAAACAGUGAUCCUCUUUGGAAAGACCUCAAGGUGAUUUUGUCCGAUGCUACUGUACCUGGUGAAGGUGAACACAAGAUCAUGGAAUACAUUCGUGUCCAACGUGCAUUACCACAACACAAUCCCAACACAAAGCAUGUCAUUUAUGGCUUGGAUGCCGAUUUGAUUAUGCUUGCUCUUGGUACCCAUGAACCCCACUUCAAGGUCUUGCGUGAGGAUGUAUUUGGUGAUGACAAGAAGGGAUGUCGUAUUUGCGGUAAAACGGGUCAUAUCGCAGCUCAUUGCAAAGCCACACCCCAGGAGAUCGCUGCCAUCAAAGAAGCCAAGAGAGCCGCCGAGGGUGAACUUAAACCUUAUGUCUUUCUCCAUGUUAAUAUUCUUCGAGAGUAUUUGGAACAUGCACUGAAAUUCAAUGUCCCGGGCAUCCCAUGGAAUUUGGAGCGUGCGAUUGACGACUGGGUUUUCAUGUGUUUCUUUGUGGGCAAUGACUUUUUGCCUCACUUGCCAUCAUUGGAAAUUCGAGAGGGAGCCAUUAGCACACUUAGUUUGCUCUGGAAGCAGUGUAUGGUCAUGAUGGGUGGAUACAUGACUGAAAAUGGAGAGGUGGAUCUCAAACGUGUGCAAAUUUUGGUCACUGAGCUGGGCAAGAAAGAAGAUCAAAUCUUUACUGAACGGAGAGAGAAGGAGGAACGUCGUGCAAGAAACGCUAAGCGCAGAAAACUUGAGAAUGAAGCUCGAAACAAUCGACCUCUUCAGGGACAUGAUUUUGGUGCUAUGACAGCUGUGCCCGUUCAAAGCUACAAUAACCAAGGAAUGAGUAACAGUGCUGUUGUUGAGAACCGAGCAGCCUUACGUACCGAGAACCAGAACGCAGCUGCUUCCCUCAAGGCUGAAUUGAUGGGUUCGUCAGAUGCCCAAGUACCCUCCAUGAAUGAUGAUGCUCCACAUGGUGUCAAGCGUAAAGCCGAAGAAGAACUUGCCCCUGAGACUGGAGAAGAGGAAGAGGAAGAGGAAGAGGAUGAAGGACCAGCAACAGCUGAAGACAUCGAUCUUGAAGCCGCAGGUCGUGCUAUUCUUGAAAAGGCAAAAGCUGAUAAGAAAGCAGCUGAAGACGCUGCACGACAACGUGAGCCUGAUGAUGCAGUUCGGUUAUACGAGCAAGGAUGGAAAGAGCGAUACUAUCGCAUCAAAUUUGGUCUUGAAUUAUCUGAUACGGAAGCGAUCCAGCACAUCGUACGAUCCUACGUUGAAGGUCUUGUUUGGGUAUUCAAGUAUUAUUACAAGGGAUGUCCAUCUUGGUCCUGGUAUUUCCCAUAUUAUUAUGCACCAAUGGCUUCCGACUUUGUCAACAUUGAUUCAUUCGACAUUAAAUUCGAGCUCAACGAACCUCUCAGACCUUUUGAGCAAUUGAUGGGUGUCCUUCCACCAGCAAGUCGUGAUCACAUCCCAGUGGCAUUCCAUGGGCUGAUGACUGAUGAAGAUUCCCCGAUUCAUGACUUUUAUCCCGUUGACUUUGAAGUGGAUAUGGACGGCAAGAAAUGGGAAUGGCAAGGUGUUGUAAAGCUUCCGUUUAUUGAGACAUCACGAUUACUCGAAGCGAUGAACACGGUGUAUGAGCAGCUAAACGAUGAGGAGAAGGCGCGAAAUUCUGUUGGCAACUCGAUUCUCUUUGUGGAAGAGCAACACAAACUUUACAAUUCCGUCAGCACCGUUUACACCAAGCGUGCCACCGAAGGCAAUUUGGUCUUGGAUACAAGGUUAAGUGCUGGUAUGACUGGUUCGGUGGAUAAGGAUCCCGAUUGUAUUCCACGAAGCACGCUACGCACUCCAUUACCAAAUCAUGACUUGCCCGAUAUCUCCAAUGACAAAUCCAUAAGUGUUGUGUAUAUGCUACCGCCAUUACCAAGGGGUUAUCAAUUCUCAUCAAAUCUCUUACGGGGCUUGAAGCUCGACAAGACUACACUUGGAUAUGAAGAUUUGCAGAUGGCAACGUUUGAAACCAUCAAUACAGGACGGCGGCAGAAUACCUUUGGUGGUAGCCGGGGAUGGGUUCCACAAAUUAACCACUUGCAAGAAUAUCGUGAAUACAACUCUGGCCGAAAUCGUUACAGGAACAAUGGAUAUGGCCAAGGCGGUUACUAUGAUCCUUUUGAGCAGCAGCAGUAUUAUCAACAAGGCUAUGCUGGUGGAUAUGAUAAUAGAAACCAUGGAGGUUAUUAUGAUGGAUACCAGUACCAGCAGCAGCAACAACAACAACACUACCAGUAUCAUCAUCAACAACAGCAACAGCAGUACGGGUAUGGUCGAGGUGGUGGUCGAGGUGGUGGCCAAUACGAUCCUUAUGCACAACAACAAUAUCACCAUGGUGGUGGAUACCGAGGAGCUCCAUCUGGUGGUGGUGGUGGCUAUAGAGGAGGUUAUCGAGGAGGCCCAUCUGGUGGUGGAUACCGAGGAGGAGCACCUCGUGGCGGUGGUGGCUAUCGUGGUGGCUACAAUGGAGGAUAUUAUGGUGGACGUCGUUGA